UUUCUACUUACGAUCAAUAACUCUAGAACUUUUUUUCACCGAAAAAUAGCAUCUGAACUGAUUUUUCCGAAAAAGACGGCGCCGCGUGAAGUAAGCGCAACCAAUUUGUUUUUUUCAUUAGAAUCUACGAUUUACCGUUCAAAAUUUUCAUUAGGAACUCCAGAACUCUUUCAAAGCUACCUAGAACUAAAAAAAAAGUAUUUUUUAAAAAAGUCGGCGUGAGUUUUUCGGUUUAUUUCCCCAUUCUCGCUUUUUGAAAAUUUCAAUGGCUUUUUUUGUUAUGGCCGUGAGUGACUAUGAGUAAAUUUUUUUAGGGGUCACGAAAACGUUGUCAACGUCUGAGGGUGCUGUUUCUGAGUUUCAUUGAAUCAACAAUAUUUGAGGAUGUGUUUCUUUAUACGGACGAAUUGUUUUUAUUUUAGUGGUACCUACGGUUCUGUUAUUUUGUAGGUCAUAUAGUCCGAGAAUUUAAAUACUUCUUGUUCCAAAGCAUUCAACAAAAUCUAUGCAGUUAUUGAUAACUAUUUUAUAUUUUGUCGUUGAGGAUUCUUCGAAAUUCUUUUUAGUUAGUGGUUGUAUAGUCGAAGAUCUUCUUGGAAGUCUGAAGUUAACUCGAAGCACAGCCGUCCUUGUAGACGGCCAUGACUCACAAAUACCCACAGAUUUUAUUGAGAGUACCUGGAAUACGGAUAUUUCCUUAUUCUAGGUACUCUCACCCCUACCCUCCUUAAGCUAACCUCUUCUUUUUGCAUAUUUGCAAGCAUUACUAAAUCAUUUGCAUAUUGCAACUCGUGCGCUACCAGUCUGUUGUAAGUAUACUGCGUGUUUCAGUUUGGCACAUUCGCUCAAGUCUCUUCUUCAGUGAUAAAUUCGUUAACUAUUUUACUAUAUUACUUCUAAAGAAAAUCAGAAGUCAUGGAGAACGGCAAUACAAAUGUUUCACCUAUUGAAUUCGUCAGAUAUGUGAGAUAUUAUUGGUCCGUUGAAACUUUGGCCAAUUUUCUGGAGCAUACGUUGCAUCAUUUGGAUUUCCAUGUUGACACAUUGCAUUAUAGAAGAAAAACUGUUCUGGAAUUGUUGGUGGGCGAUAAGAUACGACACAACUCCAGAGAGAAAUCCAUGAUGUGCCUUCUUUUGAAACAUGGUGCCAGUCCUUUAAAGAGACUUAGAUGCGGUGGAACCAUUAUUCAGAGGAUUUUACGAAACAAGGAUUCUGCCUUGAUCAUCGAGUUUUUGAAAUAUGUGGAGGACAUCGACAUGAUCCAUGGCAAAAGCACCGCGUUGAAUAUUGCUGUUAGAAGACAAUUAAAGGAUGUGGUAAAAUAUAUUAUUGGGCGAAAUGCAGAUGUGAAUAAAAAAUCUUGGACCGGCUGUACACCUUUGCAUGAGUCGAUAAGAAGUAGAAGUAAAAGUGUUGAUAUGAUGAAAAUCCUUCUAGAAAGCGGUGCAGACAUGGAAAUAAAAAGUGGAGCAGGACAAACACCGCUUCAUAUGGCUGUAGAUUACAAUAAUAUUGAUCAAGUCAGGACAUUGAUCAUGAACGGCGCGAACGUAAAUUCGACAGAUUCUUUGGGAGGGACUCCUCUACACACUCUCUGCUCUAGACUCUGCUCUAGAGGCAUAUUCGAUUUCGAAUUAUAUGAGCUUCUCCUACAGAAUUGUAACGUUAAUGCAAAAGACAACCAAGGAGUCACACCGUUGCAUUAUUUGAUGAGGUUUUUACCAGAAGAUUCAUCAACAUCAGAGAAAAGAAAAUUGAUAAAUUUAUUUUUAAAAUAUGGCGGGGAUUUACAAGCAUCAUACGACUUCUUCGGUACAGUUUUACAUACUGCAGCCUUUUUCAACCAGUCUGUACCUUUUUUGGCGUUCUUGAUAGACAUAAUGGCAGAUAUAAACAUUGUGGAUAUAGGAACAGUAACAUUUAUGCAUUUUAUAAACUGGAAGAGCGGCGAAGCUAAAGUUGAAGAAGUCCUAAAGUUUUUGUCUAUUCGGGAGUGCGAAUGCAAAUUUCAAUUUAACGAUAAUCUAUUGCGAUUCAUUGAGUCAGGCGAACAAUUCAUUGAAUUCCAGAUGUCUUGUAAGAACGAGUUACGUAUUCUUAAGGAUCGAAAAUUGAGAGAAAACGAUUCUUUUUCUUUGUUCACGGCGUUGGCAACUAAUGAGAGGGAUUUAGCAAAAAUUUAUCGUUAUGAUCAUUCAAGAAUCACUGGAAUAACUGAUGUUGAAACGGAAAAUUUUCCAAUUUAUGGGAACGAUUUGGUUACAAAUCAUCGAAAUGCUAUAGCGAUACUUGAAGCAGAAAUUUCAAUAUACGAUUUCCUGACUAAAGCUGGUGACAACGUUUUGGAUCAGUGUUCAAUUUAUGAGAUCGUAAAGUCCAUACCCACUCAGGACAUAGUCAAACCAUCACUGAAAUUGAAUUAAAAAUUAAGUUAGUUGCACCAUUUAGUAUUGAGUUCAACACUCGAAGGUUCUCUCUGGCAUAGUUUUUCUAUUUAUGGAUUCCUGUUAAUUGAAGGAAAUUAACAGCUUGAUUUUUAUCUUUGGGCACAGACUGUACAAAGUAGAACUGUAUUUUAACUAUUUUAGUAUUUAUUUUUGUAUUUUGAAAUUUGUAUUAUAUAUCAUUCAUUCUAAUAU